UCAGAGGAAGUGAAGUCUGCAGUCCAUAUAUAUUGUUUUUAUCACAAAGGACGAGCAAUACUAUGCGGGGAAACGCUAUUGAAAUCGCAACAAAUGAUAACUGGAAAGUUGAUUGUCUGGUGCUCCCGCUAGAAUGAGUGUCAAGGAAAAGGCCAAGGCGUUCGAAGGACGUUCCUCUGUGAUUGGAGAAAGCCCGCCACCGAAAAAGAAAAGCCGCGAAGAACGCAUCGGUGGCAGUGGCAACGACGACCUGGAAAGAGAAUCAUCAUCUGAAACUCCUGAACCACCACCAAGAAAAUCCAAAAAGAAUGGCAAAAUAAAAUCAUCUGAAGAAUACAGUCCAAGUUUAGAAAGAAAAGAAAAUAUUCCAACAAGUGUCAAGGAGACCAAGGGGCGUCAAAAACCCCCAAGACCUCCUCCACCCCCAAGGGGAAGUUCUUUGGGACGUAAGAGUGAAUUGUUGUCAAAUUUGCGAUUACAGUCAUCAGGUGAGAAAAAGAAAAAACCUCCUGUCCCUCCAAAACCCAAGAAUCACAUUCCUAAGAAAGCUUAUGUGAAAAGGAACAUUAGUGUCAAAAGUGUGAAAAAAAUUGUUAGUCAGCCAGCAAAGGAUGGAUCUGUUUUGGUGCCAAAGUCUCCCACAAACAGUGCACACGAAUCACAGUUUUUCGCCCCGCUAGAUAAAGACACUUCUAAGGUGGCAUCAUCUGAAAAUCACGAGUCAAAAAGAUCUUCACAGUUUUUUGUCUCUUUGGAAGAACAAACUUCUAGUAAAGGCAGCCUAAAUACUAAGGAGUUAGACAAUUCAAAAGGACAUAUUGUGUUUGAGCAUGCUUCAGAAGAUAGUGAAUUCAGUAAUGUUGAAAAUGGCUUUGUGGGUAGUAAUGGCAUUCAUGAGAAUGGGGUAGCUUCUAGGCGUCUUGUUAUUCAACCUGGGAACAUAAAUUUUGAAAAGGACAUGGCAGAUCCUCUGGAAGGUCUUGAAAUAACAGUUGAUGAUAUUAGUGAGGAUGAUGACAUUUCUUCAAUGCCACCUGAGGGAAAGAAUGAAGUUGGGGAAUUUUCUGAGCCUAUGGAGGUCAGUGUGGAUGAUGCUUCAAAUGACGGAGUUUGCAAUGAAUUUCAACCAGUUGAUGGUGUAGAAGAACCAGAAGAUAAAGUUCAUAUAUUAUACAGUGUUGAGCUUGAGGAAGAAUGUUCUGUCACUGUGAUAGAAAAUGAUACGAGGAGUGAUGAAAAAGGAACAAAAAUGCUGGAAGUACAAGGAGGGAUUAGAGCAGAAAACAAUGAAGUUAUAGAAGUCGGUAAAGGUGAAUCAAUUGCCAGCAACCUUCUUUCAGAAAAUUUGGUUGAGGAGAGUGCUUCACUAACCUCUGAUGAGGUAGAAAAAGACAAAAUGGAAGAAGAAAUUAGUGUGGUUAAUUUUUUCAAUCAUCAAGAGGAAAUGGCGUCUAAUUUUGAAGCUGAAGAGCGAGUGGACAGUGUUUUGGAAAAUCUAAGUGAAGAUUCAGAAGAAAUUGUUAUGAAGGAAGAUUCUCCAGUUGAUGAAGUACAAGAACUGUCAGUUAACCAGAAUGUUAAGUGUGAAACUGAAUUAGAGAGUUCACAGAUUUGUGUAGAUUCAACAGGACAAAACAAAGUUGAAAACGUAACUGAUAAGAGCCAUGAAGCAGCUAUGGAAGAAUCACAGCAAAAUGAAUCUCAACAAAAUGGCGAGGUGAUUAUGGCUGAACCGAUAAGAGAAGGUACUUUGUUAUCAGUUACUGAUCGUGUCAUUUUCAAGGAAAUUUCACAUGUGGAUGAAGAUAAAAACAAUUCUGAGGAACCUGCUGAAGAAAAGUUAGAAGAUGUUAGGAAUGAAGAUCACUCAGGGUUUAAGGGUCAACAUGAAAAUGAAGGAUUUAUGGAGAAAAAUGAACUUGAGUUUGUUUCAACUAAACCAGAGGAAUUGGAAUCCUGCCAAGACAUGGCAGUAGAAUUGGACAAAACUGAACAAUUUGGAGAACAGUUGCUUGAGAAUUCAAUUCCUGAAAAUUUUCAUCAAGAAGAGAGAAAAGGUGGCCAGAUGGAAUUUGUGUGUACUAGUGGCAAUGAGGAGGAACCUAAAGUAGAAGAAGAUGUAUCAAGUUUAGAAAACACUGAGGGUUUGAUACAUAAGGAGAGGGAUGAUCAGGAUGAAAGCACCGUCAUUCCUGAUUCUAUAGAAGAUGAUCUAGAUACUGUGUCAUCUGAAUUUGUUAAUGUGGAGCAAGCUGCUUCACAGGAAAAUGUUGAGGCUGUGCUAUUUGAGAUGAAGGAAGAUCAGGAUAAAAGCACUGUCAAUGCCAUCCCUAAUUUGAAAGAAGAUAUAGAGACUGCUUCAUCUGAAUUUGUCGAUGUGGAGCAACCUCCUUCAAAGGCCAACAAGGAAGUUGUGCAAGUUGAAGUAGAGGAGGUUGAGAGUUCAUGCAUUGUUAAUGCCAUCUCUGUUUCUACAGAAGAAGAUCUAGAAACUGCUCCAUCUGAAUUUGUUGAUGUGGAGCAACCUCCUUCACAGGCCAACAAAAAGGUAAUGCAAGGUGAAGUAGAAGAGGGUGAUAAUGUGAGCAUUGUGAAUACCAUCUCUAUUUCUAGAGAAGAAGAUCUAGAAACUGCUUCAUCUGAAUUUGUUGAUGUGGAACAACCUCCUUCACAGGCCAUCAAAGAGGUUGUGCAAGGUGAAGUAAAGGAGGGUGAGAGUCCAUGCAUUGUGAAUACCAUCUCUAUUUCUAGAGAAGAAGAUCUAGAAACUGCUUCAUCUGAAUUUGUUGAUGUGAAGCAACCUCCUUCACAGGCCAAUAAAGAGAUUGUGCAAGUUGAAGUAGAAGAGGGUGAGAAUGUGUGCAUUGUGAAUGCCAUCCCUAUUUCUACAGCGGAAGAUCCAGAAACUGCUUCAUCUGAAUUUGUCAAUGUGGAGCAACCACCAACACAGGAAAAUGUAGAUGGCGACAAUUCACUUUCUCCAGAGUCUCAGCCAGUUCCCCCAGAGAGACGAAGUCGCAAGGCUAAGAAACAAAAGCAUGUUUAUGAAAAUAUUGCUGCAACUUCAAGACAACUUGAGCAGAUUAAAAUUAAGGGAGACUCCCUGAGAAAAACUCAGUCCUUCAGUAAAUAUGAAACAGCUUCUCUCUCAAUAUCACGCCCUGUUCAGCGUGUGUCUGAUGAUGAGGUUAUUUACAGAGUUCCUGCUAAGGUCAUUCCAGUUGAAAGUUUUGGAACUGAUGAAUCCGAGUACAGUGUUCCACUUCCAAUUUCAUCUCGAGCACGCAGUGUCACUAUGCAAGAUGAGUAUGCAGUGCCCAAGUCAAUCAUAGUAAAAGCAUGUGCAGUAACAGAUAAUCAUGGUGCUGAUGACAGAGAAAUAUAUUCUGUUCCUGGUCAAGUAACACCUGUACCUGUGGUUGAAAAAUUCUCUGAUUCUUCAAGUAGACUUCCCUCUCAGGCAGUUCCACAGGAGAAUGAUAGUGAAUAUGCUGUGCCUGUUCAGGCAAAGCCAGUGAUGUCAGCUCCUGUGUCAGCCACUCCACCUCCAAAACCCCCGAGAACAAGCUUGUUAAAAGAAGAGUUUAAUGUCUUUGCAAGUGUGGAGGAGACAUCCAGUUCAGCAAGCACAGAGACAGAAACAAGGCAAUCACCAAAACCAGUCCCAAGGACAAGAGAGCUGAAGAAUUCACCGACUCCUGUACCAAGGAAGAGCUCAAAGACUGCUGCAUCAUCAGAAUCAUCAACAACCCACAGCAGUGAAAACUCUCCAAGUCCUGUACCAAGGAAGAACUCCAAGCUUGUCAUGUCAACAGACUCAUCUUCAACUAAUAGUGGUGAUAACUCACCAACUCCUGUACCAAGGAAAAGCUUGAAAAUUGCUUCAUCAACAGAGUCUACUUCAACUCAAAGUAGCGAGUCUCCGGUUCCUGUACCUCGUACUCGUCUGAAUGCUCUUCAGCCUGAACCUUCCAUCUCAAAUGAAUCUUCAUCAGAGCUCUCUACAUUGUCAUCUUCUGACAUCUCUACGGUGGAGACCACGGAGGAGGAACAAACCUUGAAACGCAAACCUCCACCACGCCCACCUCCUCCAAGCAGCCGCACAAGCAUCAUAAACAAUGAAAAUGAAGCCCCUCCCCUGACACCUGGGCCGUUUGCAAACGAGGCUGAUUCUGAUACGGAUUCUGAUGUUGGAGAAGAGGCAUCAUCAAAGGGUCCACCAAAGUCAAAGACAUACUACAUUGCACAUGAAAUUCUCUCAACUGAGCAGACAUUUGUGGAUGCUUUAAAACUUGUCUUUGAGGAAUGUUAUGGAACAAUAAAGCAAGCCAAUGUUGUAGCUGAUAGCACUUUGGGUGACAUCUUUUGUGACCUAGAGAAUAUUUAUUUGCUGGAUUCUAGAUUCCUCCAAGAACUAGAGGAACGAAUGAAAACAUGGGAAGAACACGAGAGGAUUGGUGAUAUUAUCAAGAAAUACAGCCACUUCUUAAAGAUGUACACUCAGUUUGUGAAUGGCUACGACAAAGCUAUUGGUGUGUUUCAAGACACUAUGAAAGAAAAUUCAGAGUUUGCAGACAUGGUUGCUAAAUUUCAGGCAAGUGAACGUUGUCAUGGAAUGGCAUUGUCAUCUUAUAUGCUGAAACCUGUACAGCGCAUACCUAGCUACAGACUUCUUCUUAUUGACUAUCUCAAGCAUUUGCCUAAGGACUCAGAGGAAUCAAAGGACACAGAAGCUGCCCUUAAGAUUGUGUCAGAGGUUGCGACACACAUCAAUGAGUCCAUGAAGAAAAUGGAGAGCUUUGAGCAGAUGCUUAAGGUUCAGAGGAGUCUUGUGGGACACCCAGAGAUUGUCAAAGCUGGACGAGACUUUAUCAGAGAAGGGACUUUGAUGAAAUUGUGUCGGAAAGACAUGCAAGAGAGAAUGUUUUUCCUGCUGACAGAUGUUUUGUUGUACACAACCCCAGUAGGCGGUAAUCAGUACAAGCUCAAUAAAACACUCCCACUGUUGGGAAUGCAGGUGACUGUUCCAGAUUCUCCAGAUUUUGUAAAUGAAUUUAGUAUCAUAAGCACCACAAGAUCAUUUACCCUCACAGCGAGCACUCCAGAAGAAAGAGAUCAGUGGGUCGAGACUUUGAAUAACGCCAUAGACGUUGUCACCAAAAGGAAAAUCACAUUUUUUAACAAGACAAGAGAUGCAACAGGACUGGGAGUGCAAGAGAGGGACGAAGAGGUCAUGAAACUCGGAGAGAAAGCCCCUGUGUGGAUUCCGGAUCACCGUGUUACAAUGUGCAUGAGCUGUACGUCUCCAUUUACUCUCACCAACAGGAGGCAUCACUGCAGAGCUUGUGGAAACGUUGUUUGUGGGGCUUGUUCGGAUAGUACCGCUCCACUGGCAUACUUGGAGUACAACCAGGCUAGGGUUUGCGACAAGUGCUAUGACCUGCUUUUAAAAGAUUUCCACACCGUUGAAAUGAAACCAGUAGAGGAAGAAUCGCCUACGUCUACGCUUCCCCCGUUGCUUCAAGAGGCAGAAGACGCAGAGAAGCUGCUACGAAAACCGACCAAGUUUGAAAUGAUGCGACGAUUUAAGAGUAGAAAAACAAAAAGAAAAUCGACAAUAAUGCAUCCGUCGCACUUAACAGAGGUCGUCGCUAAUCAGGAAGGAAGUCAAAUGAGUGGCUACUUAAAAUACAAGAAAGGAAAAUUUGGAUGGAAGAAGUCGUGGUUUGUGCUGAAGGACAAUGUUUUGUAUUCGUACAAAGCCAGCUCAGAUGUUGUGGCGCUGGAAAGUCAACCAGUCUUGAGUUAUGAAAUUGAAGAUCUUGGCAAGGAAGGGAAUGAUUUUGUAUUUCAACUCAAACACCAUGGUAUUUCACCGUUAGUUUUCAAGGCAGAUAACGAAAACUCUGCAACAAGGUGGAUACGCGAACUUAAGAAAGCGACCACGAUGCAAUCAUGAAAUAAUUGUUGUCGCGCACUGAAGUAACGCCGUCCAGGGCGUUAGGUCCGAGUCACGCUGUGCAAGUCACGCAAAGAUGUUGGACGUAAUGUCAAGGUUUCUUUGCGAAAGAUGGAGAACGUUAAGAAGGACAUUUUACUAAUUGGAAUACCUUAUAUUAUCUGUGCCUAGGAAAAUAUCAGAUGCUUCAGAAUUAUUAUAAAUUUACAAAGUUUUACCGUUAUAUAUAUAGAGAAAGACUUGAAAAGUAUAGUUAUGGUAGAAAAAGUUAACCGCUGUAUAAUUAAACUUGAUUUUUCAGUUGGGUAAACAAGGCUUACUUUCCGAUUUCAAUCGUGCAACUAAGAGCAGACCCAAGCUUUCACGAACAUUUUGGACAAAUUUUGGACACAAUGACACUCAACAGCUUUGGCCAUAGUUAGUGUUUAGUCCUAUUUUAAAAUUGUUAGAUAAAAUGUCAAAAGCUUCUAGUCUACGAACGUUGUAAAUGGUCAGAAUUUGUAGAGGUGAACAUGCCUCACAAGUUUUGCUCGUUUAUUCCUCGUUUGUUCAUCUUUGUCUUCGAUUCACAAAACAUUACGAACUUUUUACCGGUUCUCUAAAAGCUUUCCUAUUCAUUCACGAUUACCAGGCGAUUUUUUAACGAACUUAUUGCAAAUAUUUCACUUACUCGUACAAUGUUUGACGAGUUUGUGUUGGUGUCCAUCACUUUUUCAAGGCCUACUUACGAACGGCCGACCACAAACUCGAAGCUCUCGACAAUCAGAAGACGGUAGAGGUUUACCGAUCAAAUUUUCUAUUGCUUGCAAUAUCGACAAAUAAUGCUGAAUAUAUGGAAUUAUAGAUAUACUAAGAAGUCAAUAUUAUCUUUCGCUAUUUUUUGUGAAUAUUCUAUCACUUGCAAAAAAUAUGUGUCUUUAGGCAUGGAUUGGAGGAUUACUUACGUUUAAUCAAAUUAAUUCACUUGAGGAAAUAGAAGGGCUUUUUGUUGGAGAGGUUUAAUUUUUUUAUUGAUCCACUUAUGUUUUUUGCUCUUAAAUGAUCGUUAUUUUUUUUGUUUACCAACCCUCUGUAUAGACAAAGUUUUUAUAUU